CUCCAGGCCCGUCCCCUGAACUCUGCCCUCGGAUGUUCCACCGCCCAGAGCUUGCAUGCGCCGUGGGGCGCCCCAGGACCAGGAGCUGGUGGGUUCGGGGGCUCCUGGGCGGGGGUCCCGGGGCGCCCCUGCUCCCUCGGGACCUGUUGUCCCGGUCCUCGUCUUUCCCCCGGAUCUAGUAUUCAGGGCGGACCAGCGGAGCGGCCCCCGGCAGUUGCUGACCCUCUAUAACCCCACGGGAGCAGUGCUUCGCUUCCGAGUUCUGUGCACAGCACCUGCCAAAUACACAGUGUUUGACGCGGAAGGAUAUGUGAAGCCUCAAUCCUGCAUUGACAUUGUGAUUCGCCACGUGGCCCCCAAUCCCAGCCACUAUGACGUCCAGGACCGCUUCCGCAUUGAGCUGUCUGAGGAAGGAACAGAGGGCCGAGUGGUGGGGCGCAAGGACAUCACCUCAGUUCUGAGGGCCCCAACGUACCCCCCUGAGCUUCAGGGACAGCCUGACCCAACGCCCCACCCAGGGCCCCCUUCCUGGACCGCUCCACCCUCGGCCCAACACUUCCCAGAGAACCCCCACCCGCAACUGGCCACCAGCUCCUUCCUCCUCUUCUUGCUGAUGGGCAUCGUCUCGGUGGCCUUCCUGCUGCUCCCGCUCCAGGAUGAACUUGGCAGCCAGCUGCCCCCAAUCUUGCACGUCUCCCUGGGACAGAAGUUGGUGGCAGCCUACGUCUUGGGCCUCCUGACCAUGGUGUUCCUCCGGAUCUGAGCUCCCUGCUCCACCUCCACCACCCCCCUCCCCGGGCAGGGACGUGGACGUGGACAUGAGACAGCCACUGUGAUGCUCAUAACCCUGCCGCCACGCCUGCUUCCUUCUUCCUCCCUCCUGCCCAUCCCCCCACCCCUACACAGACAAAACCCAGGGAUUUGUAUUCAUUUCCAAGUUGAAUAAAAUAAAUUUGUAAAGUUGA